AUUUUGGAAAACACGUUUAUAAGCCCAUACACUUUCAGCCAUAACCCUGACCGUGGCCCUUGUUAUGGAUCGGUCUCCAACGUCCACGACCCUCACAAAGACGCUGUAACCUUAGCGAUGGUGUGAAAGAGCAAAUCAAACUGGAUCUGUGAGCGGUGGUCGGUGGGAGGCACGGAAACAGAGUCUAAACUGACACCCGGACGGACUGCAAAUAGUGCGAAACCAGUUGUCAGAAGGAGGUCUAACUCCUCCCGCGAUUAACCGGGUUAUGACGAAAAUACUUUUGCUGCAUGUGCUGGGCACACUGCUAGGACCGUUGGUUGUUGUUACGCUGCUGCUGACGACACUGGACAGUUGUACCGGACAACGUGAAUCGCAGCUUCGACUGGGAAAAGCAAUCAACAUCUUCAUCCGCUAUGGCUAUCUAUCGAUUUCGAUGAAGGUGAUCUCGUACAAUGACAGUGAGACGUGGCUGUUCAAGGAGCCGACGAAAAAUAUUUUCAAGGGCCUGGAUCAGCUUAAAACCGAAGAGUAUGAAGUGAAACCAGGUAUCUUCAACGGCGACUUCCACAUGGAGUUUUGCGACAACAAGCGUCAGUUGUUUCAGGCAUACUUCAGAGACUUCCAGAUCGAACGGCUGGACAAUCCGUGGCGAGCAUACACGGAAGGUUGGCAUACGGAGAUUGCUGCUAAGAAGCUAGGAAUCCAAAGCAAGUACCUCGAGCGGGACGAUUACUGCUAUGUGUUGGUACGAGUGUCCCGCUUCCGAGACAGCGCCAAGUUUUCAAAACCCAUCCCACCUAACCAAGUGCUGGAGAACGAUGUUCAACGAAAAGUACAAAGUGUAACGAUCGGAGAUACAACUUCGGCGGUUCAAUUUAUGAACAAAUACGGGACUCAUUAUAUAAAUUCUUACGUAACGGGAAACUCGAUGUACCAGGUGUUUGUGUUCAAUAAGCGCAACUAUGCGCACAUCAAAGAAAAACUGAAAUCACGAGGGGUGCUGGCACUGUCCAAAGUGGAUCUGUAUGACCAUUUUGCACCAUGGUACGUGGAACACAUGGGUAAGAUACGGUGUGCCAGUGGGAACACCACGGUAGAAGCCUGGGCAUCGCGGAAGCUUCGACUAUCUUAUUAUGUGUUCACCUACAGUAGCUUGCUGAAGCUGCACGGGGACGGUGCAUUGCUGCGAAUACUGAGUGAAUUACUGCAGAACGAAGCUAUUCUGCAGCUAGAUCUGAAGUCACUAAGCGUGAUAUUCAAGGAACCGGCUAAACGGGCGUGGUUCGAAGAAAUAUUAGAUAACUAUCUUAAACUGUGGGAGGUGAACAUGUGAGUGGUGAACGGAACCAACAGCCGUUGAUCUGCUGUUCGUGAUGCGUAGGGGUUAUAAAAUAGUUAGUUUUAAUAACACAAAGUUAACUGAUAAACGUGAGCAUAAGCUUCAAGUGGGAAACCAAAGUAAAUUUAGGUGCAAUGAGAUCUAUAGGAUGUUGCUAAACAGUCAUUAAUUUAACAAGGUGGCCUUUAGUAAUUCUAUGCAGACACACAUACAUAGACGACGAGAAACAUAUUUGCCAUGACGAUGCCAGAAAGCCGUAAAACUUUUCGAAUUCAUUGGGGUUACGGAAAAAUCUAAUGCAUCUCAACAUCCCUAAAGCCUAUUUUAGAAGAACUUCUGGUCUGGGGGUAUCACGGUAAGCCGCUUGUCUUGCAUGUCAGCGUGUCAGUGGUCAUGUGUUUGAGUCCCAACCACUCAAAUUCUCAGCCUGAUUUGUUGAACAGCGACUGCAAAUUACGAAAUUACGAAUUAUGAAAAAAAUCUAAAUUACGAAAAAAUCUAAACAUGGCAAAGUUGAUGAUAAUUAUUCUUAUCCAUCAAUAAAUACCUCAUCCUAAUUGUAGUGGUUAUGGGAUAUAAUAGAAAAAAUGUUUCUAGCGACAAAAUUGUUUCUCGGGCUUUACCCAACUCUUUACUAAGCUUCGCAUUGUUCGAUUUCGCUUCAGCAAGCUCUUUCAACACUGUGCCCAAUUUAACAUUUUCCAUUUUGGGUGUUCUUUAACCGAAAAUAGGAAUAUAAAAAUGACUUAAAAUUGUGUCCCAAACUCUUUUGCAUCAUUCGUGUAGCCGAUGUUUUCGAUAGUCGAUUACCGGCACAGCUUUGCGUUUGUUUUUGCUUGCGUCAAAAUAAACACAAUAACUAAUAUAGCUUCUAAAUUCUUUCACACACAUUUUGCUGUUAUCUCCCAUAUCCACUACACUAAUGACAACACAUCUUCAAGAAACUUCAGAGCUGGAAUCUAAACCAGAAGUAGACACUCACCUUUGUUCAGUGGAGCAUCGCUUAUCAAACAAACAAACCUUUGUUGGUUCGAAUCAUAAGCAGAAAUCCAUGAUCAUGCCUGAAUUUAUCGUUGUCAUUGUUGGUCGUCAAUCGCCACUCUAGUUUGAAACGUGAAUAUUUGCACGAUGAUCUGAGAGCCGGUGGCAAAAGAUAAUUCCUAUUACUGCUCUUUUGACACGACAUCUCAACAGACACGUCUCAAGUAGGAUGAAAAUAUUUUUGCACACGUGCACUUGUAUCCAAUCAAUCGAGCGUCACGGGCCAUGUGGUUUUAUGUGAGAUUGCAGUAAUAUUCCCACAGAAUACCAAAGCAGACAUGAACUGUAGCGCUGAAUGAACCACCUCUGUCCUGCAGUAAGUUUUUCAUAUAAAAAUGUUUAUGUGAAAUAUAAAAUAUUUUCUAUUUUAUACAAAACCUCUAACAAACUUCUCAAAAAUAAAUAGGUCGUGCUAGUUUUAGAUGCAAUAUAAAUGACAACAGUGGUUUCAAAGUAAACCAAAUGAUUUAAACAAUACAUUGGAAAGCCGAAUGUGCAAAUUACAAAUCACUAACGUCACAGUCAAACCAACAGAGCAAAUAAUUUGCCUAGAAGAGUCGUAUUUAAGUAUUAAAAUUAUCUUGGAGUGCCAAGUAAUCUGAGGUAGGUAUGUAUGUAACAAGCUAGAAAAAUCAACAAAAUGCCAGACAAACAAUACGAAAAGAAAAAUAAACAAUCAAUUCAAACUACUUCACAGCUGUGAUAGAUUAGAUAGUAAAUAAAUGAGUAAGAUCCCCGGCGGCCAUUUGUUGGCUCAGCUAUAUUAGGAAGCAAUCGAAUUGCUGGCACAUGCCGGAACCAAGAAUGAAAAUCCAGAGAAGCUCGCAUAUCGCGAUUUCAAGAAGAUACCUUGAUUAAAUUUAAUUGCAACAUCAACGGGCGAAGGCGUAAUCAUGUGUUCCUCUACUUGGACGAUUUGAAGGCGAGCAUUUAAUUCGUGCAAUUCAGAUAUGGUAAACAAUUACCGGAACAGAUAUCGAAUCAAGGUGCAACUUAAUUAGAUGUUGCAAACCAUUACACUAGCUAAGUACUUGUAAAUAUAAAUAGAAGUUAUCAAAUAGGAAAAUGUAUAAAAAAACAACCUUAAGCAGUUU